AUGGGAGUUGGAGCAUACGCCUGUAUGAGGAAUCCAAACUGUCCAAUUUAUGAUGGAAUCCUUUAUGGAUUAAGAAAAUGGGUAGACCCAGAGGAUUCUCACAAACUCAGCAUCUUUUUAGCUAAAUUAGGCUUAACACCCGUAGAUUAUUCUAUUGAUCCGCCGAUUCUUUAUAAUAAUAUUAAACACAUCAAAAUAUUCAAUCCAAUAGGAAUGGCGGCUGGAUAUGAUAAAAACUGUGAAGUGGCGCUAGAAAUUUUAAGACUGGGCUUUGGAUUUAUUGAACUAGGAACUGUAUUACCGAAACCGCAACCAGGAAACCCUAAACCAAGAUUAUUUAGAUUACCAAACAAUAAAGCUUUGAUAAACUGUCUUGGCUUUAACAGCCUGGGAAUUGACACUGCGGUGGAGAACAUGAAAGCCACUAGAGCUAGGCAAAAGAAUGAUCCAUUGACAAAAGAUUCAAUUAUAGGAAUUAGUAUAGGGAAAAAUCUUAAAGGAGAAAUCUUAAGUGAUGUAUCAUAUUGCAUUCAAAAAAUAGGACUGUACUCGGAUUAUUUAUGCAUAAAUGUUAGCUCACCAAACACACCUAAUCUGAGAGAUAACCAGAAGAGAGAACCGUUGAUAAAACUGAUAAAAACUUCAAAAAAAUCUUUGGAAGAUUUGGAUAAAAGAGUAUCCGCAGAAAACUUAUCGUACAUUAAUACCACAAAAACCAAGCCUUUGUUGUUUUUUAAAAUAUCGGCACUGGAACAUAAUUUGGAUGGCCUGAUUCUAACUAACACAACUGUUAUGCGUCCAGAGAAUCUAAAAGAGGAAUUGGAAAAGGCUGGAAAUCCAAGAGGAGGCCUUAGUGGAAACCCCUUGAAAGAACAUUCAAAGAGGAUUGUAUUCGAGAUGUAUAAACUAACUAAUGGAAAGAUACCAAUAAUAGCAUGUGGAGGAAUCUCUACAGCUCAAGAUGCUCUGGAAAUGAUCGAAGCAGGAGCUUCUGUUUGUCAACUUUUUACAGGACUGGUAUAUCAUGGACCUAAGCUUCCUAGCUUAAUAAAGAAAGAUUUAGCAAACUUGUUAAACAAAAAGGGAUAUAAAAAUAUUAAAGAAGCAAUUGGUUCAGCACAUAACAAAAAAUAA